AUGUAUACGCGGUGCACAGAUGGAGCCGUUCCAUACUACAUAUUUCAGGCUGCAGGUGUAACCUUCCUGAUUAAUCCUGUCUUUAGAGAGCCCCCGGCCGGCAGCCGUCUUGUCUAUUCAAAUGUAGAGCCCGUGGUGAUUCUCACUGACCCAGAAGCCGCGUUUGCAUAUUUGAAAACUCAUACAAUUCUCUCCACCUGUGUUAGGACUACUUAUAGCCUUCGUGUUCUCAUUACGCUUCCCCUUGUUCAUUACAUCCUAUCAUUCUGGGAUUGCUACAACCUAAAGCGGCUCUUUAUGACCGUGCCUUUUGAAGCUGUGGCAACUGAUGUGUCUAUCCCUAUAGGUGCUGCCUUAGUGCGGUUUACAGGCCCUCUUGAGGUACAUUUUACAGUCGGUGAGAUGACAUCUAAAUGUGCUGUCUCCUGUGUUCUUGGCACAAAGCUUAUGCCUCGCCAGGCGUACUAUAUUAGUCGCAUAUCUGAGUUGUAUGCCUUUGCGUUCUAUUUGAUUGUAGCCUUCAAUGAGUACGAAAAGAAGAACAGAGAUAUCGAUCAGUUUUUGGGUGUAGCACUAGACUCCAGGCUCUGGCCCUCCUUCAUCUUUUUGAUAAGGCUCCUAGACUUUUCUCCCGCUUUCGAUAUCCAGAAGGCCAAGCACAAUCCUGACAACAGCACGGUGAAAGGGACCGGGGACAGCUUCAGAAUGCAGUCGCUUAUCUCCUCAGGAAGAAUUAUUCAAAGCAAUCCCCGAACGCCCGUCUCCAAGGACCGCCUAGCGGUGUACUUCAAGGAGCCCAAAGCACCCGCAGACGAGUCUCUGCAAGCACUGCCAAUGCCUAUAAGCAUAACAACUCGCUGGUCGGGAGCCACCGAAGUGCCCAUGGAGUCACUGCAGUGGAGUAAUACAGUUGUCACGCCAAUCAUUUAUCCCACCUUCAAUGACCUGUUGCUCAAUAGACCCGAUGCUAUCUUUGGGCCGAGCAAGCGUUUAAUGGCUGAUUGCGUCCCGACAGAGAUAGAUAGUGCGACUACUUGUCAGCGUGAGGAGUCUGCGUCUGAAAAGUUUGAGCUGUGA